CAAAGGUUGAGUGGCCUUAUGCUUGAGGUUUAAGCUGGCCAUACCUACCUACAUUUGCUUAGAGCCAUGCAGCGUUUUCUCUGUCGUCUUCUAUCUAGGCUCUGUCCAUUUUUCCCUUUAUCGCUGCGCAUUCGCCUGUGGCUUUAUUUGCAGGGUGUUGGGGUCCGUAAAUGGGGUCGCAGCGUUGGGGCACAAGUGCUGCCUUUCGGCUUAUAUAUGAAGCAAAGACCGAUUUCUGCUGAAUAUGUCGAGGACAAGGUGCUCCAAUUCGUUAGCACUCACACCUCUAUACCCGUACCCGAAUUGGUUGAUUCCUUUCAGCACGAUGGCCGUCAAGUAAUUAUAAUCCAAGGUCUUCCUGGAAAUGAUCUCUUCGACAUCACCAAAGUGGCUACUCAAUUGACAUCCUAUUUAUGUCAGCUACGUGCUAUUCCCCUUCCCCAUCCGCCAUCCAUUUCUGGAUUUGCUAGCAAGUCAAUAAGGGACACUCGACUUUCACUCUCAAACCAUCCCGUUACAUCCUUUGAUACUGUUGCUGAAUUCCACAAAUUCUUCAUCGCCUGCCAGUUUCUUGAAAUUCCCCCUCAGGAUGAAGAAAGUGUUCGGAAACUCAUCACUACGGCGCAUGAGAAGCCUCACUCCAUUGUAUUCACGCACAACGACUUGCAUCCUUGUAAUAUUCUGGUUGAUCGACAUCUGAAGAUCACUGGUAUAAUUGACUGGGAACAAGCUGGUUGGAUGCCGGAAUACUGGGAAUACACUAAAGCCUGCUUCGUGCCGAUUUUCAAUGGCAGUCGCAGCAGGUGGCCUGUUAUUAUGAGGGAGGUCUUUCCACAGUAUGAGGAUGAACUCAAGGCGGAAAAGGCACUAGUCCGGUAUCGAACUGUUUAUAACUAGACUUUCUGUAACCUCGAAAUAUUAUGCGGUACCGAUACUUAAGCAAGUUGCUUGAGUGUCACUUGAUGACUUUCAAAUAGCCCAUAGAGGCCGCCGCCUGACAUUGUCCCACCAUACUUGAGUAUUGC